CGCCACGGCAGCCGGGGUAGUUGAGCCACGGCACCCUGAACGGGCGUUGUUCGGCUUUUAGAGUACAGAACAACCCAAACUAAACGCAGAGCAGAGCGGCCCUUCCAGAGGCUGCAAACAAACAUAUUGUGCCAAUUGCGCUUUGCCUCGUGCAGUGUUUUUAUGUGCAUCGGACUAUAACAAGCAGCCAAACUGUGGGGUGCCGGAGCCUUUUUUCUUCCUCCUCAGGGAAUGUACUACCCGCACAUGGUUCAGACGGGUAUGUCAGCGCCGUUCGGAGCGGCGACGCCGACAGGUUUCCCUGCACAGAAUGGCGAUGUGAAACCUGCCGACGAAAAAGCCCAAGUACCACUACUGCCGCCGCCAACGGGUACGACAGCAACGGGCACGGGGCCGCCAUUUAGCCCCCCUCCGCCCCAGUCGACCACCACCGGCGAACAACCGACUGUCAGUAUAGUAAAUAGCCCAGCAUUAACACAGAACCAACAACCGUACAAAUGCGAUCAACAACCCCAAGAAACAGAGACGAACGGUAACGUAGCGCCCCCGACGUCGGAGGCAUCUGAAACAAAUACAUCAGGAACGCCCGCAGCCAUAGACCCCGCCAAAAAUCAGCCCAAGAGGCUACACGUUUCGAACAUUCCUUUUCGAUUUAGAGACCCGGAUCUCCGGGCGAUGUUCGGGCAAUUUGGCCCAAUACUUGACGUAGAAAUAAUUUUCAACGAAAGAGGAUCAAAGGGGUUCGGUUUUGUAACAUUCGCAAAUAGUGCUGAUGCGGAGCGCGCACGAGACCGACUACACGGCACCGUGGUUGAGGGAAGAAAAAUAGAGGUUAAUAAUGCAACCGCAAGAGUACAAACUAAAAAACCACCAACACUUCCAGCAGUUCCGGUGAUACAAUGGUCAGAUGCUACGUUAAGAGCGGGAGUGGCUGCUAUCCAGAGAGGAAGAGCACGAGCAGCGUAUCCAGCUGCCGCUGCAGCAGCUGCAGCAGCAUUCGCAAGACAUCCUACACCUUUAGCAGGAGCCUUGCAUGGUUAUACACCUGUUCUCAACACAUUACCAGUAGAUGGCAGCGUUUAUUAUGAUCCGUUUUUAGCUGCACAUGCGGCAGAUCCCAAUUACAGACUACAGGCUGCUGCGGCCGCAACACCUCUAUUAAAAACACCUCUAUCGACUGCCCAACAGGCAAGUUACGCCGCCGCGGCGACUUAUACGGCAGUGGCGGCACGUUACGGCGCUGCUCAACCCGUUGCUGGAUAUGCUGCAGUCGCAGGAUAUGGUCGGGAUUACGCAGAUCCUUAUCUCGGACACGGGAUAGGGCCUAUGGCCGGAUAUGGGGCUGCUGUUUAUCGUAGCGGUUAUAACCGGUUUACGCCCUACUGAACAUAUCUGCAGCUCCGUUAGGCCUACGAAAAAAAAAUACUCAACUAUUGUUAUUUGUCUUGUGUACGUAGCACAAAACAGCACAAACAAGAAAGAGCCAAAGAGCUGUAACUCACUAACGUAAGCCCUUGUGAUAGCCCACCUAACCCAGCUCUCUAACUUAGUUAAGGAUUAGUUACGUAAGUCGUUUCCAUUCACUUAUACGGCAAUCCUUAUACAAAUCUGAUUUAAUUCGAAAUUCGACGGUUGGUUUAUUACGAUAAGUGCGGAUAUUAAGUGAGGCGUAGUAUGUAGAUUGUUGCAGGAUGUGUGGUGUUACGUACUCUUUUAUUUUUUAAACUUAGACGUAUUUUACGUGACCAUAUUUGUGACAAAAAAUAAAUCUAGCAGGUAUAGAUCAUUGAGUACCAUGACCAGAAUAGUUCGCAACUGUUCAUACAACAAAGUACCUUACUCAUACAUAAAUUCCGAAACGUAAAAGAUUCGUUAUAUUAUUUUGUUAUUUAUACGCGAUAGAGCAAUAAGCUGAUAGUUGAUUUUCUUGAUGUUUUUGAAGAUCUCUGACUGCAAUCCAAAAAGGUGAAUGUAAGGCAAAAUAUAUCAUGCAUGUAAUUUUUUAACUGUGUGAUCUUCCUGUGAACAAAAACGUCUCUAAUGUAAUUUCAUUGCUAUGUAUUAGAAUAUAAAUAGAAAAAAGUUCCAUAAUCUUUGGCAUGUAUUUAAUAGUUGCGUACGUCAGAUAGAUCAUAAUAUUAAAAAUUAUCCAAACAAACUACUACCUACUAUUUAAAGAAAAGACGCUUAGUUGUAAUCAUAGUUAAUUCUUAUGCACUUUGACAGUACUCGAAAAAUAAUCAGAACACAAGAGAAUUAGGCAAAUUGAAAACGUUCCUAAAUGAAAGUAGUCAGCUACGAAGAUAUUAACGUUCAAAUGCGCCUGUUUUAGUUGCAACUAAAUAUAAGUAGUAGUUUAGACUUCCAGUAUGGAUUCUAAUAUUACUGGUUCCGUAAUUUUUAUAUUAUAUAUUUUUUCAAAGAUGACCAUAUUGGAAGUCAUUGUAAAAAUAUUGGAGACUCAAUGCAAAAUAGACACGUUGUGUCUUGUAGUAUGUAGGAUUUAAAUUAUAAAAUUGACUGGUAGGAAUUAUAAUAAUAUGCAACUAUGAAUUAAGUUUAAUAACUUAAGAAAUUGUUUUUAAUUUAUAUUUAGUUACUGUUUCGCUCUUAAUUUUUAGUAUAAGUGCAAUGGAAACUAAUUUUCCUCGUGUUUAGUCUAUUGUUUAGUUAGUUUAUUAUAUUUUGAUACUCUUUUUUUUAAGCAGAUAAUGUAGAUCUGCAUGACAUAUCGACGAUAAUCUCUCUAUAUGAUAGCUCUCUAGAAUGUACAGUUUUUUCAAACAUCUGUUUUAACGUAAUAAUUUUUAUUUGUGUAAACCUUGGAUGUGUUUUUACAUUUGCGAUGCCAUUUUUCUUAAAAGUUUUGAUUUACUUUUUUAUUUCGCAUUUUAAUUUAUUUUUACUGUAAAAAUUAAGGUUUUGUUUCUUGUGUUAUAAACGCACAAAAUGUUCGUAGAAGAGAAGGCAACUUGGUAAAAACACAUCCUUCAAAUUAAGGCCAAUAAGCUCUAGUCUCUGUAAAUAUCUCAUACGUACAAACUCAUCCCCUGUUUGGUUGUAUGAUCCCAAGAAUUUUCAGUUUUUUUGUCAGCAUCAUCCCAUUUUAUUAUAAUAAUCCCAUUAUAUUGAUACCUUUUUAUGAAUAAAAUGUAAAAGAGGUACAAGCACAAUGA